CAUGACAGCAAAUAUUCCAUAGUCCAUACAAUUUCUUCAUAGAAUUUUAAUUUUUAUAAUCUUUAUACGAAGAAUAUUUUGCCCUUCUGCGGUGGUUUCAAAAUGAACAAGAAAAAGGUAACAACAAACGUGUUUGUGUGUACACAACUCAUUUUUCGAUGCUAAAUUUAGGAUGAUUAUUGCGUGUGAUUUCACAAUAUUUUGUCAAUCAUUUCAUGUUAUGAUUCCUGUAUAAUUCUAUGUUGACAAUUGACAGUGUUGUCCUGUAUAAAAUGUCUAUAAAGCUGUGGUUGUUGUAGGUUCUUCUGAUGGGGAAAAGUGGGUCAGGAAAGACCAGUAUGAGAUCCAUUAUUUUUGCAAACUAUAUAGCUCGUGAUACAAGGCGACUAGGAGCUACAAGUAAGUAGCUGUUAUUGAGUGAUUGUGAUUGAUGAAAUCAUGAAUAGAUAUACCAAUAGACCUUGCUGUUUAUUCACUUUUGACCCAAUGGCCUCGUUUUUGCAUUUGCCAGUUUCGGUAUGACAGGCGGCACAUGAAGGUUAUAUUCCCAUGUUUCCUUCGCGAUUUGGUUCCUGCUUGAUCUUAAGCCCAAUACCAAGUAGGUUCUUAACCCUAUCGACAUUGUGCAUGAAACACAAGUAAAUACCUGACACAAAAACAAGAUCAUUGGGUGAUUGGUAUUGAUUAUUGGAGUUGUUAUUUGUCCAGUCACAGAAAUCAAAGAGCUUUGGCUAUUUGUCUAUGAGUUAAUUUGAUUGGUCCAUUUAAAUGGCCAGCAGUUGUUUCACACAAUAAAACCGGAACCUGUAGCUCAGUUGGUUAGAGUGCUGCACCGGAAACACAGGACUGCAGGUUCAAUUCCUGCACCUCUCACCCUUGCACUAUCCUUGGGAUCUCUGAGUUAUUAUAGUUAGUAAGUUCAUUGUAUGGAAGGUUUUUUUAUUGUUACAACUUAACCCAUUAAGUUGCAUUGUGCCCAUACAUGCCCUACUUUAUUUUUUUAUUCUGUCUAAUGCCAGAUGAUUUUAUUUGGUGAGGGAGAUCGCUGGCACUCAGAGGCUAAUCAAAGUAUUUGCCAAUGUGUCAGUUAACCCAUUAUUAAUUAAAUAAUGUUGCAUUGUGCCCCAUUGCACUCUACUUUAUUAUUUUACUCUGUCUAAUGCCAGACAAUUUAGCUCACCUAGGGGAGAGAGAGGAGAGAGCUGGUGCUCAGGGGCCGGUUGUCCAAAUACUGGCCACCUUAAUCCUAGGUUAAUUAACAAAAUACUUAAAGCAAUCUUCCACACAGCUUGUUUAUAAACAUGGUUAUAUUUUCCCAGAAAUGUUGUCUAGAUCAAUAGUCUAGAUCACUAUUUUCUAAAGUUUGAAAUCAACGGAUUUGCAGCUGUACACAAACCAAAACAGUGGCCAGGUUAUAUUUUAACCCAGAGCUCUAAUCUAACAUCGUAUUUUUGUGAAUGCUAAUGUUUGAUAAUAUAUCAUCAUUGCACUUGACUGGAUGGUACUACUCAAUUCAACCAUGUUUUUGUUUUAGUUGAUGUUGAGCACUCGCAUGUGAGAUUUCUUGGAAAUUUGGUCUUAAAUUUAUGGGAUUGUGGUGGGUAAGUGCAAACUAUAUCAGUGAUUGUGAUUUCAUCAAGUGGAUCUAAUUUGAUGUACUGGUAUUCAAAAACCUGC